UCUCCCUACACGCUUUGCAGAUUUGCCGUAAGUUCUUGAAAAUAUCGCGACUAUACCUACCUAGUACAUUCAUGUUUGGGGUCGGAUUUGAAUUGAUUUACUUACGAGAAAGAAUCACUAGGAUCGUGUUGCAGUUCGACAAGAUGGCUCCGCCGCAUUGGCCCAAGCCUAUGAAGGGUGAUUUCAUUCGAAGCGUCGCCGCUCACGGACAAUUAACCUUCCCGACUGUGAGAUGCCGACUCGGCGAGGUUAAAAAAUGGGAUGCAGUAGUUGAAGACAUGGACAACAAGGGCUAUAAACGUCUCCCUACACGAGCCUAUCGCGAGAUGUGGAUGCGACUGUGCACUCGCAAGCCCCAAUCACGAACAACCAAGCUAUACGUGAAGCGUACGAACAAUAUGCUUAUGGUUGAAGAACGACAUGGGCUGGAAACGACCGAGAACUUCGAAGCCACUGUCGACGAUGGCUGUCACUUCGACUCUUCGUACUUUGACGAAGACAAGUUCACAGCUAAGAUGACAAGACUCAGCAAGCAAGAUCGCAUCAACGCCGCAAUGAAGAUGGCGGAGAAGAUGGAGAUCCUACGUCGAGUCAUGGAGAAGGAAGAUGGUUCGGAAUGUGUCUCACAAGCUAAGCUGAUAGAAGACGGGCAGCAUUGGCCAAUUGGAUUAGAUCCCGUCUCUAGCAUCUGCAGCAUCUUCAGCAUCUUCAGCACAGUCUUUGGUCUCGUCGAACUGUGUGUUGUAAGAUGGAUGGAUAGUUCAAGUGCUUCAGCUACAGGGCUUACUGAAGCAGGAAUCUGA